ACUUUUAAUUUGUGCUGUCAAACUUUAUUUACAACCUCUUCGUACACAGACAGGGAAAUCAAUGCAAGGAACGUCGACAUUGACGUACAGACUCUACGCGACAUAUAAUAAAACUUAGCAUUUCGUUAAAUACAGCAUAUUUCACGUCUAAGAAUGUUAAAUAUUCACUACAUUUUAGACCCCGCAUACCGAAUGUGUCGUCACACAAUUGCUUCCUGUUUCCGGUUGGCCUCUUCCGUCUUCGGGACCCACGUGUGCCUGGUUUCUGCAGCAGUUGAGCAGCUAAAACCAUUAUUUUGUAUUAUACUGUACAUUAUAAACAUGCGACCCUUAACGGAUGAUGAAACCAAGAUCAUGUUUGAAAAACUUUCAAAGUAUAUUGGGGAAAAUAUUAAGCUGUUAGUGGAUCGACCAGAUGGGACAUACUGCUUCAGACUUCACAAAGAUCGCGUGUUUUAUAUAAGUGAAAAGAUUUUGAAAUUGGCCACCAAUAUAUCUCGGGAUAAGCUGGUGUCAGCAGGCACCUGCUUUGGGAAAUUCACUAAGACCCAGAAAUUCCGCCUCCACAUCACUGCGCUGGACUUUUUGGCUCCUUAUGCAAAGUUUAAAGUGUGGGUGAAGCCCGGGGCGGAGCAGUCCUUCUUGUAUGGAAACCACAUUCUCAAGUCCGGCCUCGGCAGAAUUACGGAGAACACGGAACAGUACCAGGGAGUGGUGGUAUACUCUAUGGCAGACGUUCCAUUGGGGUUUGGAGUGGCAGCAAAGUCCACACAGGUGUGCCGGCAUGUGGACCCAAUGUCCAUCGUGGUGUUCCAUCAGGCAGACAUCGGGGAAUACAUCCGAUGUGAGGAUACUCUCACUUAAGACUGCAGUGAGGACUGGGGAGAGUGUGCAAAAUGGACUGGAUCUCCACAAACGAACUGUUUUGGGAUCGUCAGCAUGGACAGUUGAUUUGCGGCCGGUCUGCCUGGUGCACCUCCUAUUGUCACUUUCUGCGGUUUCACCAGGAAUUUCUGUCAUAACCCAAUAUUCUUCUUGACUGAAAUAAAACUUUUUUUUUUUUAACGUAA